CUUUUAAGGAGGCAGCGCGUGUGUUUACAAGUGGUCGGUGGGGCGCGGGGCUCAGAACCAGUGGCUGCGAGGAAGGAGGAGAGGAAGAGGAAGGGGAAGAGGAAGAGGAAGAGGAGGGGGAGAUGAUGGAGAGCCCCCCGCAGGAAGAGGACCCCCUGAUGCUGCUGCGCGGCUCCUGGGUGGAAGUGGCCCCCCUGGGCGCCCCCGAGUGGCCCCCCUCCCUGGAGGAGGAAGAGGAAGCGGAAGGCGAGCUGGAGGCCAUCCUGAGAGAAGCCCAGAUGGAGCGGGGAGAAGGGACCACGAAGGGACCUUCUCCGAAGGAAGAGGAGGACGGGAGUCCACCUGGGCAGAGGGAAGACCCCGAGAGGCCACCUCUGUGCGAGACCCUGCCCUGGACGUGGACUGGCCCCCCGGAGACCCUUCCCACCACAGACCUGGCUUGUGGCCCCCUCCUCAGCCCAGCCCUGACCCGGAAAGAGGGGCUGCAGGACCCCCCACUGAUGCUGCUGGUGGUCCCCUCCCUGAUGCUCAGCCACGUCUUGGCCCUGGGCCUGGGCAUCUGCAUUGGGAAGCGCCUGGCCACCUCUUCCUCCAGCGCCCUGUGACCGGACCCCCCACCCUUUUCGUCCAUUCUCCAGUGAGGAGCCCCCUCCCCUAAUUCCAGGACUUGUUUGCAGCUCCUCGCCCCAUGGACCCCUCCCCAAUUGACUGAGAAGACCCUCCUUCCCGGGGCUGUGUUGUGUACAUGGGAAAUGGGGUGUUGUUUCCUGGCAAAGUGGGGUCUCUACACACACAAACAUACCUUGACCCCCCCCCCAAUCUGUCGCCCCUCCAAUUUAUGGACCUCUCCCCAAUUGACUGCGAAGACCCUGCUUCCCAGGGCUGUGUGGGGCUGUGUUGUGUACAUGGGAAAUGGGGUGUUGUUUCCUGGCAAAGCGGGGUCUCUACACACACAAACAUACCUUGACCCCCCCAAUCAGUUGCCCCCUCCCAAUUUAUGGACCCCUCCCCAAUUGACUGCGAAGACCCUGCUUCCCAGGGCUGUGUGGGGCUGUGUUGUGUACAUGGGAAAUGGGGUGUUGUUUCCUGGCAAAGCGGGGUCUCUACACACACAAACAUACCUUGACCCCCCCCAAUCAGUUGCCCCCCCAAUUUAUGGACCCCUCCCCAAUUGACUGAGAAGACCCUCCUUCCCGGGGCUGUGUUGUGUACAUGGGAAAUGGGGUGUUGUUUCCUGGCAAAGUGGGGUCUCUACACACACAAACAUACCUUGACCCCCCCCUCAAUCUGUCGCCCCUCCAAUUUAUGGACCUCUCCCCAAUUGACUGCGAAGACCCUGCUUCCCAGGGCUGUGUGGGGCUGUGUUGUGUACAUGGGAAAUGGGGUGUUGUUUCCUGGCAAAGUGGGGUCUCUACACACACAAACAUACCUUGACCCCCCCCUCAGUCCCCCCCCCCCC